AUGGAUGAGGAGGAGGGUGCUCACUACUCGCCGGGCAACGUACAAGACGGCGGGUCCUCGCUUGGAGGUGAAAGGGCGCCGCUACUUGGGAAGAAGGGAAAGCGCAAGAUGGAUGCGGGGGACAGGAAGGCCAUGAUUGCUCUCACCGUUGCCACGGUCUUUACGCUGGUCUUCAUGGUGGGCGAAAUCGUGGGCGGCGUACUCGCCAAUUCCCUCGCCAUCAUCACAGACGCCGCCCAUCUGUUGACCGAUGUGGCGGCGAUGCUCCUGUCGCUUGUGGCUAUGGGUAUCGCCCGCCGAGCACCCACCAAGAGCAUGUCGUUCGGCUUCUACAGGGCAGAGAUCCUGGGCGCGUUGGCCUCGGUGCUGAUGAUCUGGGCGCUCGUGGGCGUGCUCGUCUACGAGGCCAUCCUCAGACUCAUCGCGGACAUCAAGUACACACUCGGCGUCCAGCCGCAUCCCUUCCAUUCCCUUUCCAACGACGACCGGCGAGAGGAGGGCGAAACUCUCGAUGGCCGCAUCAUGACCAUCAUUGGAGUGUGCGGGUUGGUGGUGAAUAUCGUUGAUGCGCUCAUCCUGGCGUGGGGCAACGCGCCCCACGGCCACUCCCACGGUCCGCCGCCGCCUCCGCCAGUCCCCGCCCCCGGCGAAGAGGUGGUCGAGGUGGUGCGCACCCACACCGGGCACGCGCACUCGCACGGACACGGCCACGGCCACGAGGGCAACGUCAACGUGCGGGCGGCUCUCAUUCACGUGCUUGGCGAUUGCAUCCAGUCGGUGGGCAUCAUCGGCGCCGCGGUGGUCGUAUGGGUGGGCAACCAAGUGACCACGGGCUCCCCGAGCGCUUCGCGGACCUAUUUCAACUUGGCCGACCCGAUCGCGUCCCUGGUCUUUGGCGUGAUCACCCUCUUCACCACCGUCAAGAUCUUGCGGCAGAUCCUGGGCGUACUGAUGGAGACGGUCCCCUCCCACAUCUCGUUCGACCUCGUGCACGCCUCCCUCGAAGCCAUCGACGGGGUGAGCAGUGUGCACGAUCUGCACAUCUGGCAGAUCACCCUGGGCAAGGUCUAUCUGUCGUGCCACAUCCGAGCGGAGGAGGGAGCCGAGCAGCGCGAGGUGUUGGGCGCUGCGCAGGAGACGUGUGCGAGGUACGGCAUCAACCACGCCACCAUCCAGGUCGACCCGCACGAUCUGCCCGAGUGCUUCCAAAGCACCCACGAGUAG